AUGGUGGAUUGGAGGAAGUUAUUUUUUAGAAAUAUUUCUAGACCUAGAGUCAUCUUCACUUUAUGGAUGGUUUUCCAAAAUUGUCUUCUGACCAAAGAUAGUAUGAGGAAUCAUGGUUUGAUUACUAAUGGAAUUUUUGCGUUGUGUAAUUUACAAGAAAGUUGCCACCAAUUGUUCUUUGAGUGUGCAGCUACUAAGGAGGUAUGGAAGCAUAUUCUUGCUGGGAUUGGUGAUUUACAUAACCCGGGUGGAUGGAAAACGGAGCUAGCUUGGAUUAUUCAGCAAACUCGGGGCAAAGGAAGUCGCAUUAAACUUUUGAAGAUGGUUAUUGCUGAGACUGUCUACCAUAUUUGGACAGUGAGGAACAAAAUUAUCUUCCAAAACUGCAACAAGGACAUCUUUCAUAGUAAACAUAUUAGAGAAAUGAUGCUAGGGAGAAUUGAUAUGGAUAGGGAACUUGUAGCCUAUUGUGAUAGGAUGUAA